AAAACCCGCACUAUCGCACGGGAGAAUUAGCUCCAAACCCCGCAGCAAAGCGCGGGCAAUAUUGCUAGUUUCUGACUAUACUAAAACGCAAAUCGCUAAAAGACAAACGAAAUGAGCAGUCAAUUGACGAUUAUGCGCUACAUUUUUCUGGUCUUUUGCUUGAUUGCCCCCUACAGGUGUUGGCUGUGCAUGAGGCCGUGUUGAUAUUGCUUGCUCUGCAUGUUUGCUCUGGAGAAGGACACAUCUUCUUUCUUUUGGGUUUUGGUGUUCGCUCGAGAGAAAAAGAGAGAGCGAAUAGAACAGGGGAAGAAGGGAGAGAACGCAGAGAAGCGGAGGAGGGGGACGAGAAGCUCUCAGGUUUUUGUUUUGAUUGCGCAAGAGUUUUGCUAUUUUCUUUUUUCGGAAUCAAAACCCGAUCUGUUUGUAGUGUUUCAUAUUUCUAAUCAAAAGGAGAAUAAUGAUGCAAUAGCUGAAAAUAUUAAACAGCGUUGGGAGCUAGAAGUGAAACUACAUAGUUUAGUUGUCUCAGUUCUUCACUUGCAUAUAAACAGAACAACAAAGUCAAGGUUUCAUUUAGGUCAUUGUUCGUGCACUCAGAGCUGGAUUAGUUGGAUCUUUCUAUGCAAAUAUAUUGACCUUCUGUAUUUCAGGUUAACUAUUUUUGGAAUCGAUCAAACACGUGUGUAGAAUAGCCUAGGUCUAUAAUUUGCUUGCUUGGGCAGCUUAAACAAAUCAAGUUAAUUGUUGACAAGCUACUAAUUUAACUUGAGGCUUUUGAGUAAAUUUCCUACUUGCUCCAUAAGUAAAUCUCAGUUGGAUUGUCUUGGGUUAAAAUUUAUUUUGUAUGU